AUGGAGGCUACACGCAAAGUCCCAGAUUACGGGGCUAUAGAAAGUGAGGGCCCGCAAGAACAUUCCCCCACCAGAUUUGAGUAUCUCACUGAGCUCAAACUGAUAUGGAAAGACAGCAUGCCGCUUAUCGUCGCAUUCUUCCUGCAAUACUUCCUUAGUGUGAGCCCGUUGUUGGUUGUCAGCCGUAUCUCGGCACAGGCUCUGGGUGCGGCGAGUCUGGCCACAAUGUACAUGAACAUCACGUAUCUGGGUGUUAUACAGGGCGCAGUCACCGCCGUGGACUCGUUUGCUCCACAUGCUUACGGAGCAGGCAACUAUGCUAUGGUUGGCGAGGUGGUGCAGAAAAACCUCGCCGUGAACACCAUCUUGCUGGUUCCGAUGGUUGUUCUCUGCUGGUUCAGCGGCAAAGUGCUGAAUGCCCUUCAGCCGGAUCCUGAGCUGGCGUCUCUUGCCCAGACCUAUCUGCGGAUCGUCACGUUCGGUAUCCCAGGUCUUUUGGUUUUCGAGCUCGGGAAACGGUACUUACAGGCCCAGAAAAUAUUCCAUGCCUCCACAUACGUGCUUCUGAUAGUAUCUCCCCUGAGUCUGGUUUUGACCUAUGUGUUUGUGUUCACUUUUGGCUGGGGAUACGUCGGAGCACCGGUGGUGGUAGUCUUGUCGUUCUGGCUGAUGGCGGUGCUCCUAAUAGCUUACGCGGUCCUAAUUGACGGCAGCAAAUGCUGGGGAGGAUUCAGCUACAAAGCGAUGUGCACUGGAUUGUACGGCCAGAUAUAUUUGGCCCUGUUUUCACUGGUUUCUGUGGAGGCAGAAUAUUUUGCGUUUGAAGUCAUGGCGCUGGCCGCCGCAUAUUUUGGGGAAACGGCCCUCGCAUCCCAGUCGAUCUGUGCGGCCGUCGGGUCUCUUAUCUUCCAGGUCCCGUUUGCCUUAAGCUGCUCCAUAUCCACCAGAAUCGGGUCAUUUGUUGGGGCAGGCAACCUUGAGUUUGCCCGAAAGUCGACCAAGAUGUGCAUCAAGGCCACAUUUGUUUUGGGAGUCAGCGUCUGCAUUUUUCUCUUGAUCGCUAUGAGGCCAAUCACCAGGGUUUUCACGGAUGACUCGGUUGUUGCAGCAGAGUGCUACAAGAUACUGCCUGUGCUUUUCUUCACGCAGUGCUAUGAUAUGGUCAACGUCACCUGUCAGGGGCUGCUGAGAAGCCAGCGGCGCCAAGACGUUGGCUCGGUUUUCAGUCUGUGCUCAUACUACAUCUUCGGCUGUCCUCUCGCAUACAUUCUGGCGUUCAGGCUCAAUUGGCAAGUGCGUGGCCUGUGGAUUGGACUCAGCAUGGCUGUGUUUCUGCUCACGUUGGUAGAGGUUGUACUUUUAGCGCGCACGAACUGGCCAAAGGUUAUGGAGCUGGCCAAACAGGAAGAAGACGAGUGA